GACCUGACCGACCUCUGUGGAUCCCUUCAAAUCCCCAUAAUUUCCUCUCUCCCUUCAAACCAUUCAACAAAUACUUCUCUUCUUCCUCCGUUUCAUCCUUGUUUUUGCUUCCAUCAACAACGCAGGGAGAUAUGGCUCAACGAACUGAAAAAGACGAGACCGAAUUCAAAGUCCCCAACGCCUUAACGUUAUGCGUUAACAACUGUGGGGUUACAGGCAACCCAGCCACCAACAACAUGUGCCAGACAUGUUUUUCCGCAGCCGCAUCCUCCUCUUCUACCACCGGUGAUGCGAGUGCUUCUGGAGUCUCGAGUCUCAAAUUCCCCGACGUUCAAUCCUCUAGAUCUACACCGUCCCGUUCACGGGAAAGCCGAUCCGGUUCUGCCCCGCUUUCAACAGCUGCAACAACAAAGACAACGAGGAAUCGUCCGAUGACGUCAUCAAAUAGAUCGGUAAACGAUCCCGCGGAGAAGAAGUCAGUUAACCGAUGUUCGGGUUGCAGAAAACGCGUCGGGUUGACCGGGUUCAGGUGUCGAUGCGGUGAGCUUUUCUGUUCGGAUCAUCGGUACUCGGAUCGACAUGAUUGUAGCUACGACUACAAGGCAGCGGGUCGCGAGGCCAUCGCUAGGGAUAAUCCCGUGGUUAAAGCAGCCAAGAUUAUCAGAGUUUGAGUUGGACCGAUUGGGUCUAAAUUCAAUUCAAUCAAUUAAAUAAAGUAUUGUUAACAAUUUUUCGACCUGAAACUUGAAGCAAGUAGUGGAGAUCUAUGCUCCAUCUC